AUGACCUCACCUCUGCCCACCCGGCGUCAGUGGGAAGAGGCAGGAGCACUGCCCUGGACAGAGCACCAGGGACACCAGGCUGACCCCGGGGCCUUUCUGCACCUGCAUAGCUUCUGUCCCACCCACUGGCUACCUGGCCCCAGGCCCACGCCCACACAGUGGGCCACAGGCUCAGCCAACACCGGUCACAUUCGGGGCAAGACCAUGAAGAAGGCAGUGCGGGUCAUCAUCGAAAAGUACUACACCCGCCUGGGCAAUGCCUUCCACACCAACAUCAUCCCCAGCAAGAAGCUCCACAAGAUCGUGGGAUAUGUUACUCAUCUGAUGAAGCGCAUCCAGAGAGGCCCUGUGAGAGGUAUCUCCACCAAAUUGCAGGAAGAAGAAAGAGAAAGAAGGGAUAACUAUGUCCCUGAGGUCUUUGCUUUGGAUCAGGAGAUCAUUGAAGUGGACCCUGAUACCAAAGAAAUGUUGAAACUCCUGGACUUUGGCGAUUUAUCCAACCUGCAGGUUACCCAGCCCAUGGUUGGGAUGAACUUCAAAACACCCAAAGGAGCUGUUCAAUGUUUACUUUUGCCUUCUUUCCAAUAA